GUAGAAGAAGUGAGUGGUGAAAAUGCCUGAUCCAGCAAAGUCUGCGCCGGCGCCCAAGAAAGGCUCAAAGAAAGCCGUAACCAAGACCCAGAAGAAGGAUGGGAAGAAGCGUAGAAAGAGCAGGAAGGAGAGUUAUGCCAUUUACGUUUACAAGGUGCUGAAGCAGGUGCACCCUGACACCGGCAUCUCCUCCAAGGCUAUGGGCAUCAUGAACUCCUUUGUCAAUGACAUCUUUGAGCGCAUUGCGGGGGAAGCUUCCCGCCUGGCUCACUACAAUAAGCGCUCCACCAUCACCUCCCGGGAGAUCCAGACCGCAGUACGUCUGCUGCUGCCGGGAGAGCUGGCCAAGCACGCCGUGUCCGAGGGCACCAAGGCCGUCACCAAGUACACCAGCGCCAAGUAGUUUCCCUUCCUUCUCCGAUCCAUCAACACAAAGGCUCUUUUAAAACCCACCCACCUCCUCUCUAAUCGGGCUGAAACUGUAAAUCGGGGUAAAAGAUAGGCAUUAUGUAGCAGAUGUCGCCGUUAGUGCUUAGAAAAAGCAAUCCAUAGAGCAGUGACCGACCGUGUAGUUUCUGCAGAACUAGAGAAUGAUUGUGUCUCAUUGAAAUGUUACAAAGUAUCAUUAGAUUGUAGCAAUUGUGUUACGAUCACCCUGCCUCGCUGAUGAUCAUAGAUGCUACAGGGUCGUGGGUCUCAAGAUGCCCUGUGUAGUGUGCUGCUAGUGUUACUGUAUCAUCGCACCUUAACACCAGGAUGCAAACUCCGGUAUCCGUGCAGUUAUAUUCUACUCAAUCCAUUCUUAGACACCCGUUUCCGAGAGCGGCAAGGCAUUGGGGUGAUUUUGUUUUGUCCCGCCGAAAUCUGGUCGACACUCAUUGGUCCAUUUUGAAUAUUCCUCUUCCUAUCUGAAGGCGGAUGUGUGCGGGACAUUUGCUGUUCCAAUGCAUGCGUUAUGUAUUUGGGAAAUAUAUCCGGUGCAUUGAAAAAAUAAAGUCAAAACAGUAAGGCAUGUAUUAUGUCUGUUGUGCUCAUCAGAGUUCGGCUUCAUAACUAUUAUGAUAGCAGUUAAAACAUCAAUGAAUCAAACGGUUAUAAGAUAAUAGAUGUGUGAUACUCUAUAGCUAGAAAUUAGCUUCUGCCCCUAAACUGAUCGCUAAAAAGUAACUUUUUAAAAACCUUAUAUUUUACUUAUCUAACCUUUAAUGCCUACAUUCCAGGUUCAUUACACCAACAGGACGUAUUGUAUUGAAGUGGACAGACUAUUAACUCCUAUUUUUUAGAUAUU